AUGACAUACAUAGUACAAUUGCCCAAAACCCAACAUACCAUUCUGUCAGUACCAGAACCACAUGUACUACUGAUUACCAUUAACCGACCCAAACAAUUAAAUGCCUUGAAUCCAGCUGCAAAUUGGGAAUUGCACCAUCUCAUCAAUUGGGCAGAAGAAGAGGAGAGCAUUUGGUGCCUUGUUAUCACUGGUGUUGGUGACAAAGCCUUCUGCACAGGCAUGGAUUUAGUGAAUGCGCAUCAAGAACGUGAGAGCGAUCCAAACAAUUCUCUUGGUGAGUCCACUUUACCACCCUCCGGUUUCGGUGGUAUUAGCAAUCGUCGGCGGAGCAGAAAACCGAUUAUUGCUGCUGUCAACGGAUAUGCUUUGGGUGGAGGCAUGGAAAUGGUUGUUGCAUGUAAUAUUGUCGUCGCUAGUGAGCAUGCUCAAUUUGGUCUACCGGAAGUGAGAAGAGGUGUAGUUAUCGCCGCAGGAGGAUUAGCUCGUUUGGCACGCUCUGUGAGUUACCAAGUGGCUUCGGAAUUAGUUUUAACUGGGCGCUUUUUGAAGGCACAAGAAGCAAAACAGUUAGGUUUAGUGAAUGAAGUGGUGCCUGGUAAAGAGCCAAAGGAUGUCGUCGAUGUAGCGCUCUCGUAUGCAAAACAAAUAACAGCAAACUCACCAGACGCUGUUUUCUUGACCAAACAAGGUUUGUUAUUAGCAUUGGAAAGAGCUAGUAUGACAGACGCCACGGAAGAAUGGAUGCGGUCUCCUGAAGCAGAUGCAUGGAGAUUAGGUGAUAAUUUAUCUGAAGGCUUAAUGGCUUUUGCUCAAAGAAGAAAACCUCGAUGGAAAAGUGUUACUACAGCAACAAGAAGCCAUGAUAAAACAGAAAAGUUUGCUGCUGUAUUUGAAUGCAAGUGCUGGUUCUCCAGUUCAGUACGCUCGGUUUUGUAG